AUGGCUGACCACCGCGAUCAGCCCUCCCUCCCCGGCGCCAGUCUCAGUCGAGCCCUCCAUCUGACCGGCACCAUCCUGAUGCUCAACCUGCUACUUUUCGUAGCCUUCCUGCGUGACAUCGAUCCAUCCUCCGACAUCACCCACCGCAUCGGUCUCUGCCAGGCCAUCCGCCGCAAAGAACGUCGGAUCGUCCAUCUCAGCGCCCUUAUCAUGGGCCUCGAAUCCGCCGACCUGUCUCUCCCCGAUGACCCGGAAGCUGCACAGCAACACCACCUCCGUCAUUCCACUGUCGAUGCCCAGGUGAUGAAGAAUCUCAACAGUUUAUCAUGCCCCAUCACUCCCACCGAGCUCGAAGUGAGCGCCGGCUCACUCCACCAGAAGAAAAAUACGCCGCAGCCAUCCAAGGCAAGCGUCUUAUCCACCCGAAUAUCAAACCGUGCGGUUUCGAAGCGCACCAGAGACAGCACUGUGACCAAAGGGGGAAGCGGAGGAGGAGGAGGCGCCGCCGCCGCCACCGCCGCGGACUCGACCCUCGUCUACCCACCGCGCGUCAGUGACUCGAUCUACUCGGCCACCCUAAGAAGGAGUGUAUCGUUGGGGUCGGAACAUCGCCAGAGCACCGUGCUUCCACAUAUUCGCUACUCCGGGUUCAUGACGGAGCGGUUGCGGUUCAGCGUGCUGAGCCAGCCGUGGUCGGUUGCCUCGGUCGCCGCGACGGAUAAUGAGGCGGCGCAGCAACGCGGAGAGCCGGUCGUGGUGGAGGAGAUUGGUGAUGAUCGGUUGCAGCCGGCUUGCUCGGUAGAUACCUUCCCCGGCCAGUUCCCGAUCAGUGAUGGGGUGGAGCUGAGCUGGUUGGCCACCGCGUCGCAACGUCCUGGAGCUGGUCUGGCCCAGGAUGCAGAGAAUGGCUCCUCUGAUGCUGCUGGGGCGAUCGGACAGACCUCUGCGAGGCCGUAUACCGAAGCUUAA